AUGCCUUCCAAGUCCGCGCCCGGCGCUAUUUCCAAGCCCGACGCCGCCCUUGAGGCCGCCAUCGCCCCUAUCGUCGCUCGUCCACCGCAGCAGCCGGCCUCAUUUGCCGCGACGGAACUCCUCCGCGACUCGGCGGGCUACCAGGAUUGGCUCCUCGUCGUCCGCUCGCGUUUGCAGGCCGGUGUCCUCCGGUACCUGGAGAGCGGUGAGCCAUGCGCUUCGUGGCCCCCCUCGCUCGUUCCGUUAUGGGAUCACUACGCCCUUUCCUCGCUCUGCUCGUCUGUCGACCCUCGCUUGGUCCUCCCCGGCUUGUCGACCUUCCUCGACAACAGCGACGGCGCGCCGAAGAUCUGGCAGGCUCUCCGUUCUCGGUAUGGCGCCACCUCGGCUGUUGACCUGCUUCCGGCCGUCAUCACGCUCUUCAGCACCGAGGAGCUCCCCGCCACCACGGACUCGUUCCUACAGUUCCAUGACAGUUUCGAGAACCAGCUUCGUCUGCACACCUCGUCGAAGGUCACUGUCGACUCUCUGGUCGCCUCGCACCUCCUCUCCCGACUGCCGCCGUCCCUCGAGUCGUGGCGCUCGACCUUUGUCAACGACCAAGGUGAUUCGACGACCCUGCCGUCUGUCUCGGUGAUUUUCGAUCGCCUCCUACGCGACAUUCGCGCUCGUCCAGUCGACGCUCCCACCGCGGCGCUUGCUCGAUCGUCCGCUCGCGACGCCCGCGCUCCUCGCUCCCCGUGCCCCAACCCAAAGUGUCGCAAGAUGCAUUGGCUCAGGGACUGUCCCGACACCGCUUGGGCAGCCUCCUUCCGCGCACGUCGUGCCACCAAGAACGGCAACAAGCCCGCCGGCGAACGCAAGUCUUCGCAGCCCGCUGCCUCUCCCGCUGCCGCGCCGGCUGUCGCCGACGAGCACCUCUCGCCCGCGACCUACGCCGCCUGCUUCCUCUCCGCCUCCUCCCCGUUCGACAAGGGGGCCUGGCUCCUGGACUCCGGCGCCAAUUGGCACAUGGCCAACGACGUUCAUCUAUUUACGCACCUGCAGCCCGUCAAGGGACCGCACGUUGCUGGUGUUGCGGGCUCCCUGCCCUCCACCGGUUCCGGCUCCGUGGAGCUCAACACGACCUCCGGUCGCGUCGCCGUCACUGACGUUCUUCAUGUGCCCUCGUUGCCUUGCAACUUGUUGUCCGUUCGACGCCUCGACCGCCUCGGCUUCACGGUCUCGUUCGGCUCCAACGUCGCCACCAUCCGCAACGCCGCCGGCACCGCUGUCGCCACCGCUCGGGCCAUCGCAAACGACCUGUACACUCUGGACCUCGCCGCUGCACCUUGUACGCCCCACGCUCUGCUUGCUUCGCCCUCCCAGGUGUCCUUGCUUACCCUCCACAACCGCCUCGCGCACCUCCCUGUCCUCCUUCUCAAGAUAAUCGUUCAGAAAGGGAUGGUUACCGGUGUGGCGUGGGAUUACUCGGACGAGGAGUGUAGAACCUUCAAUUGCAAUGCAUGUCUCGCUUCCAAAGCGCAUGCCCUCCCAUUCGCUCGCUCCAAGUUGAUUGCCUCGCAGCGCCUCGGCCUGAUCCAUGUCGACCUUGCCCAAAUGCCACAUGUUAGCUUCGGUGGUCAUUGCUACAUGCUUGUGAUCGUCGACGACCACACCCGAAAGCACUGAUGCAUCCUCCUUGCCCGCAAGAGCAACACCUUCCCGCGCCUUCGCGAUUGGAUUCUUGAGGUUGAGCGAGUGACCGGCGACAGCGUCAAGACCAUUCGCUCCGACAACGGCGGCGAAUUCACGCUGCGCAGUUUCGUCGAUUUCUGCUGCAGCAAGGGCAUUCGUCGAGAACUCACGAUACCCUACACGCCACAGCAAAAUGGACGGGUUGAGCACCCCAACCGCACCAUCAAGGAGGGCAUCCUUGCCCUUGCCUACUCGGCCGGUGUCGACUCGCGACUCUGGGGUGAAGCGGCCAUGUACUUUGUCCGAUGCAAGAACAUGACACCCCAUGCCGGCGUCAGUGGCGAAAUCCCCGACGCUUGUUGGUAUGGUUACGCACCGGAUGUUUCCUCUCUUCGCACCUUUGGCUGCCGUGCCUGGCAUUGCCUUCCUUCGGCGUCCCACUCUGCUCUCGACCCUAAGGCCAUGCCUCUCAUCUUCGUUGGCCUCGACGACCAUUCGAAGGCUUACCGCCUGUUCAAUCCGGCGACACGCAAGGUGCUCCUCAGCCGGAACAUCCUUUUCCAUGAAUCCGAGUUCCCCGCCUCGUUCUCUCCGGCCAAUCCUCUCCCGGAUGUUGUUGCAUUACACCCUGACCAGGCUGACCUCCCCCGCUCCCCUGCGCCUCGCGCUGAGCAGCUUACCCCCGCGCCUGAUGCCUCUGACCAAGGCUCGCCGGCCCUUGCUCGUAAUGUCCCUGACCAGGAAUUGCCCGCACCCUUCGCCUCUGACCAAGGCAGCGCCCCUGACCAGGGCAGCCCCGACUCGGCACUUUCUACGCCUUGUCCCUCUCCUCGACUCCGGCCCAGCUCCUACUAUUUCUCCGCCCUGUGCCUUGCCCCGGAGUUCUCUGAUGAUGUCGAUGACACCCUUCACUCGCCUGCGCCUGUGUGCUACCUUGCGGACACUGCUGCCGCCCUCCUCGAUACUUCUUCCGUCGAUCCCGCGGAGCUCGUUGCGCCUGCGCGCGACCCUCCCCACUGGCGUGCUGCCAUGGCCUCGCCCCAGGCGGAUGAGUGGCGUCUUGCGGCUCGUGAUGAAUUUGACUCACUCUCUCGCGAUUUCUCCGCUUUCACGCCCAUCGACCAAUCACUUGUCCCCGACGACGCCAAAAUCAUUGGCUCUCGCUUCGUCUUUCGCACCAAACGCGACCAGUUCGGGAAGAUCAAGUCUUACAAAGGCCGCCUUGUCGCCCGCGGCGAUUCCCAGCGAUCUGGUAUCGAUUUUGACGAGACUUUUGCGCCCGUUGCCAAGUUCACUUUGAUCCGUGCUCUGCUGGCCCUGUCUGCUGCCCGAGGCUAUCACGUUCACCAGGCCGACAUCGACAAAGCGUACCUUCAUGGAAAGCUCGACAAGCCUUUGUACAUGCGUGUCCCCGAGGGCAUUGCCCUGCCCGGUAAAGUUCUCCAAUUGCACCGUUCCCUCUACGGCUUACGCCAGGCUGGUCGCAUCUGGACGGACGAAAUUGACUCUACCCUCCUUGGGUUGGGUUACGUCGCCACUGAGUCCGACCAUUGUGUCUACAUCAAAACCGUUGGGGACGUGCACCACUACAUCGCACUUUACGUCGACGACAUCCUCAUGAUUGGCCCCUCCCUACCCGAAAUUGAGCAUACCCUCCAGGGCCUUGAACGAUGUUACGGUGUCAAGCACCUUGGUGAAGCGGAAUACGUCCUUGGCAUCCAGAUCCGGCAUUCCUCCGACGGCUCGAUCACGCUAAGCCAGGAGCAGUACCUCAAGGACAUCCUCGCUCGUUUUGGCAUGUCGAACGCCCACCCGGUUGCCACCCCGAUGAAAUCCGACCUCCACCUUGAGAUUGAGAUCAACCCUGCCCCGUUUGCGGACCGCACCCGCUAUCUUCAGGCCAUUGGCUCGCUCAUGUACGCAUCCACUGGCACUCGCCCCGAUCUGGCCUAUGCUGUCAGUUACUUGGCUCGAUUCUCCCAGUCUCCAUCCGAAGCUGCCUGGGGUGCUGUCAAGCACGCUUUCCGUUACCUCGCUGGAACGCUCUCGCACGGCCUGCACUAUUCCCGCGGCGACCCUGCUCCCAUGAUUGGCUACUCUGAUUGCAACUGGGGUGCCUGUGUGCUCUCCUCCAAGUCGACCAUGGGCUACGCGUUCCUCUAUGCCGGUGGCGCCAUCUCGUGGUCCUCGCGCCUCCAGUCUCGCGUGGCAGACUCCACUUGCGACACCGAAUACCUGGCUCUCUCGCAUGCCGGCAAGGAAGCCAUUUUCCUGCGUCAACUGUUUGGUGAGCUGGGUCUCCCCUCUUCUGCUCCGACUCUAGUACUUGGCGACAAUCAAGGCGCCAACACCCUCACUAAGAAUCCGGUUUUCCAUGCCCGCACCCGCCACAUCCGACUUCGUGAGCACUUUGUCCGCGACAUGGUCGCCCUUGGUGAUAUCGCGGUCCAGUACAUCAACACGGCCAACAUGACCGCCGACAUCUUCACCAAGGCUCUGGCCCGCGACCUCUUUGCGCGUCACCGCGGCCGCCUUGGCAUCUGUCCUCCCUGAUGCUCGAAGUCGGGGGGGUGUGAGAUUCUCAAAGUACUUUAAUUCUCUCUUAUUUCCUUCUAGCAUCAUGGCCCCUGUGUCUCUUCCCUUAUUCUCCUUCUUGACCCGGCUUUGCCGUCUAUCUUCCGCAUUCUGGCCAGACUCGCGCACUUGCUCUCAGCUAGCUGGCCCCGCGCGACUCUCUCUCUCCUGCUCAAGCAACUUCUUGGUCUGGUCUCCCUUGGUCCGUCGAUCAGAGACUUACCACUGCUUGAGCAGGUCUGUGCGUUGCUUCUACCUCUCAUAG